UGUCUUAUGACUGGAACAGUACUUUUGUCCAUCGCUUAUGGCGUUUCACAUUUUUGCGAGUGCAAAAGUAGUGAAUAGCGGAAAAAUAAAACUUAUUGAAUACGGUUGUUUCACAUAUUAUCUUCCCCGGAAACAACGUUCCGCUUUUUAACAGUUCCACAACACCCGUAUUAGAGUUGUUUUGCUAGGCGCUGUCAUCUCAUUUUGGCGUCAUGAGUGCUGAAAACUGUGAUGGAACUUUGUCUGUGCCUUUACGAAACGUAUCGAACUCUAUUCAGUGUAUCAGAGACCGAGUCAGAGAUGGAGAAUCAAAUGAGAGAGACGGAGCAUUCAAUCUCUCCAACUUCUGGGACACUUUGAACCAGGCAGUGAAGGUUGUGUCCCAGGAAGCAACUAAACUGAGCCUGGCCUUCUCCAGACCCCCUCUGCCGUCUUUACAAGAUGGAGAAAAGCUGUCAGAGUUCAUAUUGAAAAGCGUCCUGACGCUGUCGACUGUGUAUUACUGGCUACCCAAAAGCCAAGGGGUGACGCUACGGCGACAGGUCAGGGACGCCACUGUGGAGGUCCUGGACGGUGUUUUACGGCUGGUGGAGGUCAUAAUCAGCUCACCACUGCAAAGCCUGACCCAGGAGCAGAUCACGUCCACUGGAGGAGUUUGGUCUGCCUGUGAUCGCUUUGCUCGGAUACCAAAAGACAAUAAGGAAGCCCUGCUAGUCGUUCUAUCAUCUCAGUCUGGAGUUGUAAAAGAUGCCGUUGAGGAAAUGGAGCAGGUCUUAUCUGAAACCCAGGAUCCGUUCGGCGACUUCCUCAUUGACGACCCGGACGACGACAAUCCUCGAGGCAACCAGGACGUUUACCUGUCAGAGAAGGACCGGCAGGUGAUCAGUGCGUGUCAGGGGUUAAUGAAAGCAGCUGCAGCCUGUCUGAGGAAACUCAGGUCAGCCGUCAAGGCCAACGGUGAUGCUGCCGAACCUCAGAAGGUCGCUCAGCUGGACGAUCUGGCCGACAUCAGCAGAGAAAUCAGCCCCAGUGUGGACGAUCUCGCCCUCUGUCUCUACCCACCCAUGAAUUACACUGGAGUGGAAAACCACACGUCUAAAUUGGCAGCAAUUUUAAGGAAAUUUUUGGAACUGAUUAGAUCCAGCCAUGUGUGUGGAGAAGCAGAGCUGACCUGGGUUCAGUUCUUAGAGGGAGCCGUCGACCACRAUGUUCAGAAAGCCAAAGAAUUGRUUGAGCUGGACGGCUGAUUUCCUGUAAUAAAACGAUUGUAACAUGCAUCUAAUGGCCGCCUUUGCAGAACCAUUGUUUUGGUUUAUGUAAAACCUGAGCGCCAGAAAAUAAAAAUGGGAACAAAUUACUUUAACUCUGGGGGAAAAAAGACUAUAUAAAAUCUGGAAAUACAUUAUGUCUGUGUAAUUUCCAGUUUGUCCCAGCUCAUUUUUUGUUGGACUUGAAAUGUUUUGAAAGUAAAAUAUUUUUUCAGAGAUGUUAAAUUAAAUAAAGUCAGAGGAUUUGCUUUC